AUGGACGCAAACACCGAAGAUCAAGCCAAUAGUCCAUUGCAAAACAGCUCUGCGAGCCAAAAGCAUGGUAAAGAGGAAAAAAGGAAACGGCCAUUGAAGAAGCCGAAGGGUCUGAAUCCACUGCAGAGAGGAAUCCACAAGUUCCUCACCAACGAAUUGGCUGCACUUGCCCCUCAGUCACUCGACAGCAACAAUACACCACCGGCAUCAACAGGAAGGACCGCCGAACCCAGACCCGAAGCUGAGACGCUGGUUUCGUCUCUGCCCAAACGGUUCACGGUGUACCAACCGCUGCUCUUGCUCCCGGCCAAUGCAUUCAGCGUGCCUCAAGCCUGGGGAACCAUCUACGCCAGUCUCAACGAUCAACAGAAAGAUGUACUCUACGCAUCGAUUGUGGAGGCUUUUAAAGACCAAGAUGUGACCCAUCUGGCGAUGAACGCGCCGAUCGUUAUGACGGACUUGCAGGGACAGGAGAACAUAAUGCGUUCCCCUGUCGGGUUGACUCCCUUGUACGGUGAUUUCGGAGAUGUGAGCUUUACAAAUUCGACCCUCGCAGGCUCCCAACCCAGUCAAUCCGAUCUUGAGACGGCCUUCUGGGUACGCGCAGUACAGAACCAUGGCAUCGUGCAGAUCUGGGCGCCGCUUUACACGAUGUUUUCGCGAGGGAAUAUCACGGAAAAGGCUCGAAUCCUGGGCCAGAGAGAGGAUUCGGGGGCGAGUAGCUUUGAAGGCCUCGACGAACCUUCCUUACAUGACCAAGCAGUACACGACACCAGUGUGGUGGACAUGUAUGCCGGGAUCGGCUAUUUUGUCUUUUCAUACCUGAAGCGUGGCGUGAAGAGGGUUUGGGGCUGGGAGAUUAAUGGAUGGUCGGUAGAAGGCUUGCGCAGAGGAUGCGUGGCGAAUGGAUGGGGGUGCAGAGUAGUCAGGGUUCACGAAAAUGGCACCCUGGAGCCCAGCGUCUCUGACCUGGUUCACACUCUCCAGGACACAGAUCGGGUGGUGAUCUUCCAUGGCGACAACUCGUCUGCAGCGGAGAUACUGGAGAAAGUCAAGCAGGUGAUGGAACAAGAUGGAGAAGCGUCAUGGAGCAGUGUCAGGCAUGUUAAUCUAGGUCUCCUUCCAUCGUCGCGCGAUUCUUGGGCCAAUGCGUGCCGGAUGAUCGAUGAUCGCCGAGGCGGGUGGCUCCAUGUUCACGAGAACGUGGCAAUCCAUGAAAUCCAGCAGAAGAGUGAAGAGAUCCGCACGGCGCUGACGGAGUCGUGGGAGCAAUCUACGAGAGACACUGCCUCGACAGUCGAGUGCCGUCAUACCGAACGUGUCAAGACAUACGCACCAGGAGUCAUGCAUUGUGUCUUCGACAUGGCUCUAUCACGUUGCAUGAAAUGA